AGUGAGUGUUUCUUUGCUGCCACCAUCACUCAGUUCGAGCCCGUUAGUAGUCGCGAAGGUGUCCGAGUGGACGAGUAAUUUCGUAGAGUCGGUUUUGCGUUGUGCGGAGUAGUCGGAUCUUACAGCCAUCAGACUUUUUGCAACCCCUCCUGUAGGUCUGCUGGCUGACGUAAAAAGUGGUCCAAAUCGGAUUUAGAUUCCGUCCGGGUGUGUUUUGAUAUCAUUGUACUGGAUUAGAGGUUCCGUAUUUUAAAUCAAGAAGGCUGGAACCAGAAAGGUGUAAAAAAAAAGAAAAGCAGAGCAAAUCAAAAGUGGAUAACGAGGAAAAGAGUUGUGUCAAUUUUCCCAUCUGCUCGUGUGAUUGAGUAUAAUGGCGAAUGUGAGAGGUGCUAUGCUGAAAAGUGCACUUUUUCUGCUGAUUCUGUUGGCCGAUUGCCGUGUAAACUAUGCAAAAGAUUCUCCGGUAGCGAGCCGUGUGCGGCGCUCAAGCCCAUCGAAAGCACCAGAUAGAAUGUCCGGCGAAUUGGAAACCCCGGACAGUGUACAGAUAUUUGGCCACAAGCCGAACAUAAGUGAAAAUAAAACCAGCGUAGCGAAGCAAAAAUUGAUGAACGAAAAUCUCACCGGGAAGAAACCACUGAAUUUGAACAGUUCGACCGUCUACACCGAUCAUCUAUUAGGUUACAACGGGACGGGUCAGCGAAAAGAAUUUUCUAUCGUGUCUAUCAAACCGGGAGCGGAACCUACGACGGUUUCAACCCCUUCGGGCGGCAGUGCAAUCAAUGUAACCAUAGAAACCAAGUCUGGCCUUGGGGUCGCUAAAGUAGCGGGCGUCGAUGGUAGCACCACGACAACUACGGCAGACCCACUGAGCGAUGCCAUCAAUAUCGACACGGUUGAACGAAGCGAAGCUGAUCUGAACACCACUUUGCAGAACCAUAACAUCACCUACACACAGGAAGACUACCAUACAUACUACAACAGCGUUUGGACGACUGAUAAAAGUGCAAGCGAUGCGUACUGGAAGCGGUUGGAUAAUAUGAACGUCAGCAGUUUACUUUCCAAUUCACAUCGGAGAGCAACGACCGUACUGCUGUCCUUUGAUUUUCCCUACUAUGGAUACCCAAUCCGGAACAUCACGAUCGCAACUGGUGGAUUUUUAUAUACCGGAGACUACGUUCACUCUUGGCUGGCAUCUACUCAGUACAUAGCUCCACUAAUGGCCAAUUUUGACACUAGUCUGUCAAAUAACUCAUUUGUCAAGUUCCGUGAUGAUGGUGAAACAUUCACGGUGGUGUGGGAAAACGUUUCGCUGCAGGAUCGGCCCGAAAAUGGUUCAUUCAUGUUCAGUGCCACGCUAAACAAGUCCGGCGACAUUGUGUUCGCUUACAAAAUCAUACCGAUAGACAUCCAGCUAAUCUACGACGAUAAACAUCCGGUCAAGGUGGGCUUGUCCGAUGCAUACAUCAUCGAUAAGACCAUUUUCCGCACGAAGCAAAAAACUAUAUAUGAAUACCACAGAGUUAACUUCGGACGCUCGAAAGUUCAGAACAACACACUGAUUACACUGUACGCACAGCCCACGUGCUUCAGCUUUAAGGACUGUCAGUCCUGUAUGCUGCAUGAGGGAGCUGAAUUCAAAUGCAUUUGGUGUCCCACACUCAACCGAUGCUCUACCGGAGUCGACCGCAAACGACAAGACUGGAUACAGAAAGGUUGCGACAAGACACAAAUCAUGGACAUUGCCGUGUGUCCCGCGUUGGGCCAGAAGGGCAAUAACUACGGAGAGCCGAUGGAAAUCAGCACAGAGGGCAGCGAAGCGAAUGGAACCUAUCGGCACGAAACCGAGAUUCAGUUGUCGAAGAAUGUGAACAACAAAAACGGAGCAAGCAGUUCCAGCGGGGACGACAGUGUGAACAAGGUUCCGGCCUUCCAUGUGGCCAUGGAACAGCACUCAUCCAGCAGCAGUUUACUGGUGUCGAUGAUGGUCAUCUGCGGUAUUCUGCUAAGCUGCGGUUGCUGGGUGCUGUACGCAUACCGAAAUCCGCACACCAAGAGCGGUCAGCUGCUCAUCAGAAUGCAAAAGGUAUCGAAGUGUUGUGAUCGUGGUUUGGUCAUGUAUUUUUUAUUACACUCAUCCUCAUGUCAAGACUCAUUGUUUGAGUUUGUAUUUAUUUUUAUUUAGUGUUUACAAUGGCUAGCUUAUUUUAUGGUUAGAGUAACUUCACUUUUGCCGAUGUUACCGGGGAACAGGGUGGCCACCUGCCGGACUUACAAAAAUUGAGCCGGGCCGCAGUAAAACCGACGGCUCCUGGAGAUUCAUGUGAUUAUUUUUGUUAUGACGUAAAGCAAUAAAAGAGAAAAUAUUCUCUUUUGAAUCAGUACUCGAACUUGAAAACGUUCUCCAAUCACUGGAGUUGUUCCAUCAAUUCAACUAUCCUGGAAUGCGUUUAAAUACAUACCAGAAGACAAUUCGAUUGAAUAGGGCGUUGUACGUUUACUUUUCUGAUGGUCGAUGUCGACCUGUAUUUAAUAUAUUAUAUUGUCUUAUAAACAUGUUAUAAACAAACGGACAAGUUAUCUAAGGUAUCUUGCAAUGGUUUUUGCAGAUCAAUAGCUUUUGGUCCAGUAACUGAAACUACGCCAUCAUCUGCCAAUUGUCUUAGUGUACAUGGGGUUACUAGACAGCUGUCAAUGUCAUUCACGUAAAAAUUAUAAAGGAGCGGACUGAGGCAUGAGCCUUGUGGUAGACCCACGUAGCUAAUUCUGAAUGUUGCCAAAUCGCCAUGUGAAAAAUGCAUGCGUUUCUCUGACAAAAGGUUGUGCAAAUAAUUAUUUAUAACCGCUGGGAGUCCAUGUUGGUGGAGCUUGUCUGAAAGAACAUCAAUGGAAACUGAAUCAAAUGCUCCUUUAAUGUCUAAAAAUACAGAUGCCAUUUGUUGCUUUUGAGCGAAGGCAAUUUGGAUGUCAGACGAAAGUAAUGCAAGGCAAUCAUUCGUCCCUUUAUUUCUACGGAAGCCAAACUAAGUAUCUGACAACAAACCGUUCGUCUCGACCCAAGUGUCGAGACGUCGUAGAAUAAUUUUUUCGAACAAUUUUCUGAUGCAGGACAACAUCGCAAUGGGCCUAUAUGAGUUGUGAUUGGAAGCUGGUUUCCCCGGCUUUUGAAUGGCGAUAACUUUCACUUGCCUCCAGUCAGGUGGAACAAUAUUUUGCUCAAUAAACUUGUUGAACAAUUCCAACAAACGUCUUUUUGCGAGGUCGGGCAGAUUCUUCACCAAGCUGAAUUUAAUGCUGUCCAACCCAGGAGUGUUAUUGUUACAAGACAUGAGUGCUAUGGAAAAUUCCAUCAUUGAAAAGGGGCCAUGAAAGCAUUAUUUGGAAAAGAUUCCCUAAUAAUGCUAUGCGUAGGAACAGAAUCUGGACAAACUUUGCUCGCAAAAUCAAAUAUCCAUCGGUUCGAGUAUUCCUCACUCUCAUUUCCUACGUUACGAUUCCUCAUUCGUCUGGUCGUAUUCCAAAGAGUGCUCAUUGAGGUUUCUCUUGACAAACUUUCGACAAAAUGUCUCCAAUAGCUACAUUUCUUGGCCCGAAGUAUGCUCUUGUACUUGGUUUCUAAAGUCAAGAAUUUUUCAAAAUUCUGAGGAGUUCCUCCUUCUAUACUAGAAGUCGAAGGAAUGUUUAAUCUAUAAAAGGAAUAACAUUUCUUAAUUCCUAAAAGCACUCCACCAUGCGGGGAGUCUCCAUCGAGACGUAUAAUGUUAAAGUCAUUAAAAUUAAAGGCCAUGUUUGAUGUAAGCCAUGUUUCGCACAAAGCACAUUUUUGACUAUGCAACAAAACUUUAAAUGAGUCAAGUUUUGGCAUGAUGCUUCGACAAUUCCACUGCAGGACAGUGAUUGAAUCAUUUGCGGCGGAUGAUAAAUUAUCCAUCAAAUGAUACAAAACCUGAGAGAGCUGGCCAUUGAGCUGAUAACUGUUUCAAAAAAGUUCUAGCUAUUGGAAGGAAUGCCGUAAUGAUGGUCUGUAGAGUUUCAGAAAUAUUGAACGCUGCGAAAAUCCAUUCUACAAUUUCCGAAAACUUCAGUAAUCCUGUUGGUGAAUGUGAAACGGAGCCCACUGCAUUAUUGUCUUUUUUUGAGCUAGUUCCUGGAUUGUUUUGUGAAUUUGACAAACCAGGAGGCACAGUUUUUGGUUUUAAAUUUGGCUUUUUAACUUUAACACGGGGAUCUUUUUUUUGAAGGUGUAAUUUUAGGUGUCUUUUUUGGUAUUUUGUGGUUUGAUAAUCUCCUCUUAACAAACCCUUGAGGAGUGACAAACGAGGUAUCUUCACUAUUUCCGUCAGAGUCAGAUUCCUCUGGCUCCGCAAGAUUUGAAAAACCGUUUUUGGUUUCCAAAGGGGAGACAUGUAUGACCGUUUUAAGCAUUUCUACAUAUGUGCGCUUAGACCGUGCUUUUAAAGAAAGCUUCAUUUUGUCUUUACGCAACUUAAAUGCAUCGCAUACUGAAAGAUCAUCAUGAGGACUCUCCCCAUAAUAAACACAUUUUUGAACAUCUUUAUCGCAAAGAUUAUCCUUAUGAGGCCCUUGACAUUUUAUACAUUUAGAUUUAUUACUUGCUUCAGUCACAACACCGUCAAUUUCCACCUCCUUCGAUGGAAUGUAAACUCUAUAUUCAACAGCAAAUAAUUUACAGGUUACAAUGUCGUUUGCCUGUUUCAAGUCGUUGACAACAACUCGAAUUUUAUCUCUAUUAACUUUACAUAUUUCUUUAACUUCAGAGAAAUGUGAUGUCAAAUCCUUUGUAAUUUGCAUCAAAUUUAAAAUAUUUUCUUUUUUUUCGAAGAUAGACUAUCCAUGGCCCAGUGGUACCCUCUGGAUAAUGUUUAGUCCUCGGAGUAUUUAAGCUCUUACUAGUAUACUUCCAUGAGAUCAUCCAUUACAUUAAUUUUUUUUUUGUGAAUUAAUAAUAUCAAAAUGAAAACUUAUGUUUAGUUAAAUUUCAGAUAUAAGAGAAAUAAAAAAAAUUACUUAAAUUAAAUCUACCUUGUAGCUGAUGUCUCUGUUCCUUUAUCGUAAAGAACGACGUGAAGCUCAUCCAACGAUUUCCAAUUGGCAGUCUACUGCUGUUUCCAAUUGGCAGUCUUCUGUCGUUUUCUGCUAUCUCAGUUGCUCUGCCGUCGUUGUGGACACCACUGAACUUGGUGUGCUGCCUGUACCUGACCCAGGUACAGUGCUUGCAGUGUAGCACCUCGCAAUACAGGGUCCGGCACUCGAAGUGUAACCAAUUAAAAAGGCCAUAAAUUCAGUUUGGAAAAUUACUUUUACUUAAUUCAAAGUACAAAAUAUGUAAAAAUAAUACAAAAUUCAGAAUCAAUUCACUUUUGCUCGAUAUGACCACCUUUUGCCUUGACGACUUGAGAGAGCGAAGGAGUUGCUUCGUUUGACCGAAUGUGACUUGCAGGUAUUUUGGCCCACUCGCGGACAAUAACUUUUUUCAGCGCCUCGAGACUGGUGUAUCUUUUAGUUCGGACUUUGCUCUCCAAAAUGGCCCAAAGAGAAUAAUCCAUUGGAUUCGCAUCUGGUGAAUUCGAGAGCCAUUGUGUGGACGUGAUGAAGUUCGGAACGUUGUUUUUCAGCCAUUCUUGGUUCACUCGAGCUUUGUGAGACGGUGCCGAGUCCUGCUGAAACGUCCAUGGUCUGCCACCGAGAUGUUUGUCUGCCCACGGCUUCAAAGCAACCUCCAGAAUACUUUCCCGAUAAUAUGUCGCAUUUACCUUGACGCCAGGCUCGAUGAAAACGAUUGGAGAGCGCCCAUCUGCGGUUACAGCGGCCCAAACCAUUAUCUGUUGCGGGUGCUGCCUCCUGGUGGCCAAUCGAUGACUCAAAUUCUCGUAUGAACGGUCGGUCAAGUAAACCCUAUCGUUUUGAGAGUUUACGAAUUGCUCAAUUGGAAAAAUUUUCUCGUCAGAAAAUACAAUGUUCGGAAAUUGACCGCUUUCGGCCAAACGAAGCAACUCCUUUGCUCUCUCAAGUCAUCAAGUCAAGGCAAAAGAUGGUCAUAUCGAGCAAAAGUGAAUUGAUUCUGAAUUUUGUAUUAUUUUUACACAUUUUGUACUUUUAAUUAAGUAAAAGUAAUUUUCCAAACUGAAUUUAUGGCCUUUUUAAUUGGUUACACUUCGAGUGCCGGACCCUGUAUAUAGAAAAAUCCACCUGACAAUGUCUUUGAAAUUUAGUUGAGAAUAUUCUGUGAAAUUUUCAAAAUGAUUCAUUGAGUUUAGCGGUCGUGUUGUAUUUUUUUCUGACUGAAAAUUGGAACGCUCGGAAAUGCAUACCUCUACUUGUUCAUCGAAUAUCUCGGCUUUGAAGGCUUGUAUCAUAAAUCUACCGUGACAAAGUCUAGAUAAUUUAGUUUAGAUGCAACUAGUACAUAAAAACAUAUAUGUUAUCGAGAUAAAAAAAGUCUUGUAUUUUUCUGUGAAACAAAGUCAGUUUCAAUGCAUCCACCUUUUUUUUUGCUUUGGUUUCCUGAUAGCAUUCCGAAAAAGGAGACAGAAAUAAAAUUGGCUCGACACAGACUUUCAAUCUUUGUGAAAGUUGAAUAUUUUUUCCUUGUUCAUUGGAAUCAACCCAUACGAUAGAUUGAUGUGAUAAAACUUCUCAUCAAAAUAAUAAAAUGUAUGCUGGCAACCCGGUACAGUUUGCUCAUAUACGAGAGAGUAGAAGAGAAAUACGAUGCGCAAAGCGAGCCACGUGGUCGAUUUAAAACUCAACACGCGACCCUCUGUCCUCAGACCUUAAAGCCGACUAGUCUCAGAUUUUCAUUCAUAUUUCUUUCAUGUAAUCCAUAAUCAUUCAUUGACUACAUCCAAAGACAUCAUAUUAACAAGAUAUCCAGCUCUCACAUUUCCCGAACAAAUCAUUGGCAACAUCCUUUUUUGCAAGCAUGUCGCCCUCAGGUGAGUCUGCAUCGAAUCUCAUACAUAGAAGUAGGGGAGAGAAAUGUCAAAUUCGUGCGCGCCAAAAUAGCAGGGCUGCGCACCCAUACAAUUGACAUGAUAUGUUGAAUGUGAUGCCGUGCGAUGGCGUUGCUGAACUGAAGAUUGAUUUCGCUCCAAGCUGACAGGGUCUGCUACAUCAAAAUUGCAGCUUUUAAUUCAAACAUAUAAAUAAACAUUUUUCUUUUCCACCCCGCACAGUACCGUCCGAAUAAAUGGUCCUGGCGGCGAGGUGAGGCACGCUACACGGCGGCCACGAUUCACAUGUGAGACCGACAUCUGCAGCACCAUCCCCAGCAUCCCGAGUACCAUCGGCCGAUGCUGCACCUGGUCGGCAACGAGGAGGAACGCCUGCUAAGCUAUCUGUACCAGCUGGAUGAAGGAAAAGCCGAUGAUUCCACCUCUUGUGGCCUAAUGGAGGUGACCGACUAUACCUUUACAACGGAACUGGGUGACUGAACGAUGACGAAAGAAAGCUAGAGCUUAAAUUGUGGUGUGUUUUGUCUGAGCGUGAAAGAAUGCGAGAGAUAGUGCAAGACCGCGUGUGCAAUAGUAAGCGUGAGCUUCUUUGUUAUGUUUCUUUUAAAUUCUACUCAGAAGAUGAAUACUUAAUCCCCUCUAUCACAUGAUGUCCGACAAACUGUGGAAAUGAGGGGUACGUCCAGGGGUGAGCCCGAACUAAUUUUCCUUAACAUCACAGAAUGGCAAUUAAUUUUUAUGUUUGUGUUUUUUUUGUUUUUAAAUAUCUUUCGCCUUUAACAGUUAUAGUGAUAUUUACACCUAUAAUUUAGCAAAAAAUCUGUCCAGUUAUAUCGGUAAGAUAGAAUUGUAAUUGUUUUCCCUCUUUCAUUUCAUUUUAUCACUCGAUGUUUAUUAUUAAAAAUAAUGAUUUAAAAUUUUUACUAUCCGCACAGAAAUUGUCGAUCUUUAUAUUUUAUUUAAAUUACAAACAAAAAAAUGGCCUAGCACAUAUGGUUCUACAUGCUUAUACAGUACACUGAAAAACAAACAUAAACAAUGUAUUUGAGUUUGUGUUAAUGAAAUUAAAAAAAAAUGGAAAAAAUCGAGCAUAAUAAAAGAUGUGAUACCAAUUCAUUUUUUUAAAGACAUUUAAAAAUGUAAGCUAUGAAUCCGGCGCAAAUCUGGCUAUAAAAUCUAACAUUCGUUUUCUGUCAACUGCUGCAGUAAUACUCCACGUAAGCCGCUAUCACGAGCCUAGAUUUAUACCCUGUAUAUUUGUUCUAUCCACAUUCGAGCACUAUUUUGUAAACAGAAGAACACGUAGAUCAGAAAUUGAAACAUUUUAGAUGAUAAGACACAUGUGCAAAGAUAAACUUGAUAGCUAGUAAUCAUAGGUAAUAACGAGUCGAAACUAGCGCCGCGGUUAAUGGUGUUGGGAGUCAUUGGGUUGAUUUAGAAACUAUGACGCUGAUGAUUUUGAGAUGAUUCGUCCAUAUAUCAUUGAUUGAAAAUAGGUUUUUGUCUAUUUAUGUUUAUUUCUGUUUUUUUUUCUUCCAUGGCAUGCUACUGCACUGCCCUAGACAUUAUUUUGGAAGAGAAUCCUAACUGUCAUGGCGAAUCCGUCAAUAAGUUUCAUGUAUUGCUUUGAUUGUGUUUUACCUAACCUAACAAAAAUUUGUGAAUGGGGGUCAUUAGAGUUCUUUCUAGAAUUGCUAACAUAAUAAAGAUAGGUAUGGCAGAAAAAGUGGGUGGGUAAUGUCAGUUGCAUAACCCGUGGAUGUGAAUACGAAGAAAAUAGAUUUGUUUUUAAAAGUAGAUUCGUUUAAUUCCAAAUCGAGAUUCGGAUCGUGGAACUGCACUUUGUCUAAUCAUAUGAUUGGAUCUGGACAUUUAUUAUGGUAAUUCCAGGUACAGGACCAGUUUCUAGAGCUGGAUCUUUGCUUGGCUCAGCAUUUGGAUUAGUAAUAUAGUGGGUCCAGGACCAGGAUCUAAAAUUGAACCAGUAAUAUGGUAAAUUUAGGUCUGGAUUCAGACCCGAACCCAAGAUUUGAAUCAGAAUCUGAAAAAGUCAUAGAGUAGGUUCAGGUCCAGAUCCACGGAUGAAUCCUGGGUCAGAAGCUGAAUUCCGGGUCUGGAAUCCUGGACCGGGAAUUGAGGUUUAUACCAGAAUUCUAGAACAGGGCCUAGAUUCAGGUUCAGUAUUCAGGAACUGAAUUCUGGACCGGGAUUCUAGUCUGAAUCUGAAUUUUAGUUCCAGAAUACUGGACCUGAAUACUGAACUAGGAUUUACAUUCUGAGUCGGGACCUGAAUUUCGGAACUGAAUUCUGAACCUUAAUUCUGGAAUUCUGAAAUCAAAUUUUAGAAAUAGAACUAGGUCCUGAUCUUUUAGUUCCAGAAUUUCGGCCCUGAACUCAGAUUCGGAAUCCAGGUCCAUUUCUGAAAUUGACUUCUGGAAUUGGAUUCUGGACUAAAAAAAACUUUCAACUAAAACCUAGAACUUGAUCAGAAUUCUGGAAUCGAGUUCUGGGGCUGGACUUGGAUUCUGAAGCUGAAUCCUAAAACGGAAUUUUAGAAAUUGUGGGAGUCGGAAUUUAUUUUCAGAAUUCCAAUCCAACGCUCAGGACCAAAAUCCAGAUUCAAUUCUGGAACUAUCUAUGGAACUGGAUCUGAAUUCUGGAGCUGGACUUUGAGCCUUAAUUAUUAAACUGAAUGCAAAAACUGAAUUUUAAACCCUAAUUUUAAGAAACAGAACUAAGUUCUCAGGCUUGGAAUUCAUUCCUAAAACACAGUGUCACAAUUCUAUUCCAGAAUUCAGAUCCGGAGUCCAGAUCCAGUUCUGGAACAGAGUUCUUAUCGUGGAACACAGCUGCAAUUAGAGAUCGAACAAGAAACUUAAUCUGGGUUUGAGAUUCAGGUGUAAGCAGGUGUUUUUCUGUUCUCACAAAAAAGGCGUGAUAUCAAAAGGCGCGAAAACGAAACCAACACCUCAAUUUGUUGGAACUUGUUUCAGACGGUUUGGCGGUUAAUUUUGCCUUUUGGUUGAAAUCUGAUGAUCAAGUAGUUGUUGAAAUUCGAGUGCCUAUAACCAGAGUGAAGACUUCUUAUCCGUAAUGUUGGCAACAAUUCAGAACAUUUGAUCCGAAAGGUUCCUGUAAAAAAAUGAACCAUUGGUUUUACAGCACAAACAAUUGAUUCGCAAUUAGAUCUAUGGGUUACAAUACAUUUUAUUGUAUCUUGACAAGAUUUUUUUAAUUUUUCACGAUUCAACAUAUUGUUUCUACCAUUCAAUAUAUUGUUUCUACGAUUCACAAUUGAGUUUUCUGUACACGUGGUGUUUUAAACAAUAUGCAAACUGUACAUUUGAUUGUUUUUCAAGAAAACAUGUAUGGGAAAAUUUUAUGAUUUUAAUUGUUACGAUACUUAACAACCUAUACAUUCUAUUGUAAAAGGCAUGGUCACAAAUAAUUUAAUAGUGUAUAACAAUACAUUAAAAUAUUUUUCAGUGGUCAAAGCAAAAUUUUGGAAGGUUUUGUAACAACAAAUCGUAUUGUUUUUCUACAAUUUUUUAUUCGGGUUGGCAGUGUCGUUAUUGACAGGUCGAUUGCUCUGGUUAUGGGCACUCUAGUUGAAAUGGUAAAAAAUAACCCUGAUCGAGAGCAUGUUUGUUUUCGACAGUUCGACAGUUAUUUUCCGACACUGAAGAAAAUCUUUGAAAAAAAUCUAAUUUCAGAUCUUUAGUAAAAUUUACUUCUGCGUAUUUUCUUGUAAUACAUUUAUACUUGUAGUGAAAGGAAACGCCCGAAUAAAACAGUUGAUUUUGCUGGUGGUUUGACAACAAUGGAAGGAGCGAAUGAAAGAAAAGAUUCAAAAGAACUUGAAAUUAAGUAAAAAGAAGUCAAACAAUAGGUAGUUCGUAUUUUCCGUGUAGCUUGAGUAAAAAGACGAUACAUUUUGUUAAGUUUCAUAUCUGCAGGUUCAUUAUUCAAAUGGCCGUAUGAGUAAGUGACUCUUUAAUUUCUCUUCUAUUAUUCACUCUUCUAUUAUUCACAUUUUUUAACAAAAACACUUGAAACCAAGAUCUUCGAUAAAUUCAACGUUGAUUAAUUCAAAGUAAACGCUAUUUAUGUAUACACUGAAAAAACAGUAGACAUAACAGUCAUGAGAUCAGCGCCACCAGUUUAUACAUCAUUGAGUUGAAAACAUACGAGUCUUAUGGAGUACUGACAAAAAAAUCAUUAGUAUUUGUAUGAAUCUUUAUCGAAAGCUUAUUAAUUUAGAUUUGUGCGAAAGCGCCAUCAAAAUCUCAAACCAACUUCUGGAUGUGCUUAUCUGCUGUUUUAUUUUUUUUUUCCUGAAAUCGUUUUAGUUCCGUUGUAAACAUUCCUUAGUAACUUGUCGGCCCAAUGACUCAACAACAAUCAACCGCGCACACAUAUAGCAACUGCAAUUUAUGUUGGCUUCGUUUAAGAUAGCACACUUGAAAUAAAACUAAAAUAUUAUCUCUUGGAUAGGAACAACGCUACCAUCCAUUAUUGCCUAACUAAAACUAGCUACAGCAAAUCGCACAAGAAAUACAGCACCUACCAGACUGCCUCCUGAUAGUUGUAGCACCGCCCACCCCAAGCAAGCCACCAGCGUGAAGUACCUCAACGAAUAAACAAAAUAUUUGGAAAUAGAUCUGAGUGAGUGAACAUAGAAACCUGUGAGGAAUAUUUAGUUUAAUCGACAGACUUAAAAAAUAACAAAACAGUACUUCAUUUAAUUCAACAUAUUUGCGAGGUUAGAUAUAAAGUAAAACAUCGAUACAAGUAACAAACCCGCUUGAGAAGCACAUGAAAAAAUGAAUUAAACAAUACAGUCUCUAGUUUCAGAUAUAAACCCGAGAUCUGCUCGAAUGGAGUUCAUUCCUUUGGAUGAAUGUUCUUCGCUAUGCUUCAUACUGGAUGGCUAUGUCAGCAAACUUCUGACGCUUCAAAAAAUUUUGUAACGAUAAUGUAGGUGUAGCAGAAUGCACUGAUGGCACUUUUCUUAGUUCUUAUAAAGAUAUGAAAAAACAGCGAAAUAAACAUUAAACUUGUGAUUUGCUCAUUUUAAACGAGUAUGGUAUGAAGCUAGCUUCCUCACAUCCAAUCCUCCGGAGGGCAGCACAAACAGAGCACACAAUUUUAGAAAUUAUCAGAUUCUUAUAUAGUGCCUUACGAUGAGAUAGAUUUUCCUUUCCUGGUCGCGUACGGAACAUCUCUAGCAGAGAAGUUUCCGCAGUAAAAUGAACAUAAAUCGUUCAGAAACAACCAUACUCAUCCACCUGCAUACGCUGAUUAUGCGCCACUAAAGAGUCAAGAUGGCUUUAAAAUAUGAAACUACAUGUUGUAGGAAAGUCCGUACACAGUAUGAAAUAUAGUAACACCUGUACUACUGUCACAAACAUAAUGUUUGCCCUGGAAACUUACCUUUUAGAAGAAUGACGGGAAAUAAAACAUGAAAAAAACAUGGAA